AACACACAUUCAUAACUUACCUUUAAGCUACCUUGGGCACACCACAAUCUUGUCCAGUCAUCUUUCUCCUCCUCGACAGAUAGACGACGACUUACACCGACCGCUGCGACCAUCACCUCAACCACACCAUCAAUCACACCUCCCAGAGCUGUUCUCACCCCGCCGCCUUGGACCGACCUGCAUAAAAACGGUGUCGUCGCGAACGGUGCGUCGCUAGCAACUUGCGCUAAGGCAAGCAAACGCUAUCCUAGGACCUAGGAAGCUUUGCCUUUUCCUUUCCCUGCUCAUUCUGCCCUGCUUGUCAUAAAGCUCGAGCACACCUCACUACCUAUCCUUAGCUCGGGUCCUGUCGCUUACUCGCAGCUCACCACCACUCACCACUCAUCACUCACCGACUUAUAUCUUGGGCCCCUCACCUGCCUACUAUUAAGUUUCCUCUCGGGACCGUUUCCCAAGAAACCGAGCCAAGGUUCUCCUAUCUUUUGGAUUUAUAUCCUUUGGUCUUGGUACUCCUCGUCCCGUCCAGUCCUUCUUUGCACUUUAUCACGAAGUGUAUGUUGAAGGGGAGGGGCAUCCGCUGUUCAUCAUGUCCACGGAGACCUUUACACAAAAGACCAUGAUGAGUGCCGGCCUCUCGGGGCCGCACAACUAUCUCGACUACCAACACCAACACCAACACCAACACCAACAUCACCUAUACAACCCGGCACCAAGGCUCUCCGCGCUCGCCUCCCCUCACCUUUCCUCCCGGGGCCAGACUAAGCAAGCCAAAAGGCGGUCGCUGACGGCGGCCCGGCAACAAGCACGACAACCACGACCGCAGGCCUUGCAUCCCCUGACGACGCUGCUGGCCGUGAUAUUCGACUUCUUCCUGAGGGGCAUUCUGGAUCUUACGAGGCCGCCGAGGGAGCUCGUCAAGUUCACCGUCAUGGGCAUCUUCGACACGCUGUGCUGGGCGUAUCAUGCACUGCCAAUGCCGCUCGCGCUCGGUCUUCUCUACUAUGGGUUCCAGAGCGUCCCGGACGCGCUGCACGGCGUCGAGGAGCUGCGGGUGAUUUACAGCACGAGGCUGGGCGGCGACGCAUUCCCCGGGAGCGCAUCCGGCAUCGAGGGCCUCUACGGGCUGGGCGAGAUGGCUCUGGUGCGAUGGGGUGAUUUGGGAGUCUGGUCGGCGUUUUACUGUCUCGCUUUGAUGACGGCAGCGUAUGCGGUCAUGGUCCUCUUGGAGAUGCGCGACUACAUCCGCGACACCUGGUCUCUCAUUGUGGACGAGGCUCUCGAGGUCCAGGCGUUGCGGGCGGACGAGUGCUAGUCGACGCCUCCGGAAUUUCGGAAGGGGUACGGGCGGACGAGUGCUAGUCGACGCCUCCGGAAUUUCGGAAGGGGUAAUUUAGUCCUCUUUUCGCCUCGUUUUUUUUACGCUUCUUCCCCCUAUUUGGACCUUUCUGGACCUUUUUGGGGGCAAUCGGAAUCCCAUCCUGCCCUACGGUCGCGGGGUCGGCAUUCGGCGGUGGUUGCUAGUGGUUAUUUCUGUCUUUUCAUGUUUGUUGGGGGCGAGAGGUGAAAAUGUGUGUGUGAGUGAGAGAAACGGCGGUCGGACUUUUGGAGAUCUUCAUUCCCCGAAUCCUGGCUUUUCACUCUCAUUCUCGUCAUUCUUAUCCUCACCUUCACUCUCUUUCUCAUUUUCAUCUCAUUCAAUGGGAUCAGCAGGCGUCGACCGGUACAAAAGUUUAAACGGCCAAAAAUGGGUAUAUAUGCACAGGCGCUUUGGGCAAGAGUUUCGCAUCUCUUGGCGUGGAUUUCGAUUCUCCGUUUCUUCGGAUGACGAAAAAUGAGGAGUUUUGCUUUUGGGUUUGGACUUGGAAGGGAAGACACGCAACAAAAUGGCGGAGGGAACAUUGGGAUACAGCGAGAUUGAACUUAGAAAGCACCCGAUGCAGAAACUGUCACAGUCGCAGUCACAGUUGCAUUCGCGCUCGGCUGGCAUCGGUUGGACGCUUCAUGAUGAUGAUACUAAACACCUAAUAAUGAAC